AGAUGUUGUUUCUCAGCUGUGCAGAGAGGACCAGCUGGAUAUAAACUUCUGGACUGGAUGGAUCCUUCAUGAUUUUUUUUAACUAUUAUUUUGGAUUUUCGUUCACCUCCUGGCUGACUCACUUUUUAAGUUCAUUGUGCCGACAGAGUGCUGAUCAUAGCGGCAGGGUCCAUUAACAGGUUGUUAGAGGCUGUUUAAUGCCGUCUGGUAGAUAACAAAGUUGGAUGUUCUGGACAGACUGUGCAAAGACUGGCGUGGUAUGGCUACUUUGAUAUCCUUGUCUUUUUAUUACUAGCUGUAGAUAUAUUUACCAAUGUUACAGCAGCAGCAGUAACAUCCGUACAGAGGAGUGUUUUUAUUAUCAUCACUACGAAGAUAUCAUAUUUUUCUGUUAUGAAAAUAAUCUAAUCAUUGUUUAUCCACUUCUUUUUCUUCCCUCCUGUCCUCCCAUGUCUCCUCUGCUCUCACUCUCUUUAUUCCACCCUUUCCUUCUCUCUUCUUUAUCCAUUGUUUUUUUUACUCUCCUUCUUCCUCAUCAUCUGAUUGUUCCCUUCCUCCUCUCCUCUUCAGAUGUUGACCAUCUCUCUGCUCCUGCUGCAGUUGCUCUUCUCCACCACUCCAGUCUCCUCCUCUCCUCUAAACCAGGUAAACUGUUGUUAAGAACUAAACAUCUGCUCUUUUGGAAUCCAAAUGUCCAAACUGCCACCAGAAACUUUAUCCAGUGUGAGAUACUGGGAGAAAAUGACAUUGAUGAAUGUGUGGUUUCUUUUGGUCAAACUUCUAUUUGAUCAUCCUCUCUUCAUUAGCUGAAGCUGUGGAUCUUUUCACCUGAGGGUUAAAGAAUAUUUACAGUCAUGACAUUUUUAGUUUUCUUCAUCACCUGACUGCUGUAAAUCCUUCACAAGCUGUGACUCAGAAAAGACUGAUGUUGACCUCUGACUCCAGAAAGAGAGCCAAACAUGAAAAAUAUGGAAAAAUUCCUUGAAGUCUUUGCAAGUACGACCAGAGGGUUAAUGGGAAACAUAUUUCAGGACGGUGUUAGCAUGUGGGAAAGAAUUUUGAAACAUACAUGAUUCUGAAUGCUGUCAGAUUUGUUCUAGGUGUUUUCAACUGGAAUCUGCACACACACACACACACAAACACACACACGCAGGUACAGACAGUGAGCAGGUCCUCAGGUAUGUGUGUGAUUAUGGCUGUCGGCAGCUCAUCUCUAAUCUCAGCUCUGACAGCUGUGCUGCUGUUGGUUUCCUCUGCAGCUGUUUUAUAACCAGACAGUAAACUGCAAUUAAAGAGGAAGCUAAAACACUGCUUACACCUGGCAUCAUCAUCAGAUUUGGGUCAACAAUGCCAGCUGAGAUCUGAUCACUUAGUCCUCAUGGAGGUAGUCUCGGCAUUUGUCCACAUUGUUCUGAUAGUAUGUAAAUGUAAAUGUAUGUGCUGGGCCGCAUUACUCACUCUUCCAGUAUCUAAAAUAACUAUCCAUUGGAGCCUGCAGACAGACAGACAGACAGACAGACAGACAUCUGGUUACUUGUGUCCCGUUCACUAAAAGAUAUAAUAAUACAAGGUCUGAAAACCCCAUUCUAAAGUGCCCAUUAAACUUUCUUUGUGUACAUUUUGUCUGAAGUCUUAACUAGAACAAUACAAACAAGAGAAGAUGAACGUUUCAAAAGCCAAGGAGAAAACAAAACUGUAAUACCUCUGCUGACUUGAUAUAGUCCUCGUGCUUCAGCUUCAGAAAAUUUCCUUUAAAUAACCUUGUUCAACCCAAUUUCGUGCCUUUUCAAAGGCUUCAUCAGGGCCUGUGUCCAUUUACACCUUCUCUUCACUUGCAGCACACAACCGUGAUUUCAGGGCCUGUGUCACUGACACUUACUGUUGCUAGGUUACAAAAGUUUUCCUUCUGCUUCCCUUCAAGACUGAUUAGAGAGCUAAAAAAUGCUUUGUAUGAUUCAGAUAUUAAUUCAAAGGAAAUUUAUGAACAAAAUGUAAAAACAAUUGAUAGAAAUUGUGCAAAAGCUAAGGAUUUUUGUGCAUAUGAUGGGGAGCAGUAAAAAAAGAAUCUGCAUUUGAUUUGUGACAAAAAUAAAUGAAGUAAACCAAUAAGUGAAGUGGAAACAGGCCCUAACGGUUGAUUUUCUGCCCUACCUUACAAUAAAUCUGCUGUUGUUACAUUUUCAAAUAAGUGAAAAAGAAACAGAUAUAGGAAGAAUGAUUCAACACUCAAACCUACAGCUUGUUAUGUUCUUUUCUUUUACCUAUGUUGUUUUUUGAGGGUUUUUUUCAGCGUUUGGUGCAUGUUAAAUGGGACAGCUAGUAGAAACAUAAGACAGAGACAGAAAAGUGAGGAAGGAGAGGGGUGAGUAUAAGCAUUGCAACAAGGACCGUCACCCCAGUACAUGAGUUGAGCGAAACCAAUAUCCUGUAAUCCAUUUUAUAUUAAUUAACAGUAGAUCUGAAGACUCACACAUUCAUAUCAGGCAAACGCAGAAAGAAAUAAAAGUUAGUCAAAAGUAGAAAUAAAAAUUAACAACUUCAACCAUGUUUCUGAGCACUGGAAAUAAAAGUGUGUGCUCAAUUUUUACUGAAUCAACCAAGAAUAAAAAUACAAACAGAGAGGAAUUCAGAAAUGAAAAAAGAAACGUAGAAAGACAUAAAGAAGUGACCAAGUGGAAUAGAGUGUAGGAUGAAGAACAGAGACUACAGACUGGGGACAGAAAAGGUGAAAGAAAAGUGAAAGUGAAGAAGAAGGGGGGUAGAAGAUGGACAAGCACUGGAGGGAAAAAGAUCUGAAACAUGGAUGACUAAGUGAUUUACGACCACAACAUGGUCAGACACGCACUCGUACUUACUAAUCGACACUGCUGUGUCUGCAUGCAUGUGUAUGGGUCAGCUGGUUGCUAACAGCAGGUUUGCGGUGCAGCAGAUGUCAGCUGGAGGAGCAGAUGUAUCUAUUGUGUGUGUUUCUUUUGCUGAAGUGUUAGCACAAAGAAAUGUGUGGAAUUUCAAUCCUACCCUCUCUAGAGACCUAAUUUUGUAUCUAUUAGCUUUUUCUCUUUCUUUUUUCUCUUCUCUGUCUGCCUCAUUCUCUUUUGCCUCUUUCUCAGUCCCUGCCUCAACCUCUCACUGUCCAUGCACUGGAUCUUUAACAUAGCAUUUUCACAUAGAUUUGAACCAUGUGCUACCUCAUCCAAAAUGGACAUGACACAUGUCUGGCAGCCUUGACCACCACACCACAGGUGUGUCUGUCUGGUUUAUUUUAUCAAAAUUUUCCUCAUUUCACUACUUCUGACAUUUGAUUUCUGAAAAGUUUAGAGUGAUGGAAAGUUUGUUUGGCUCACAUUAUUCAGGAUCACCCAAAUUCUCUUCAUUUUCAGGCUGCAGUUUUCUCCAUUGCUCCAUUACAACCUGGAGAUACUUGCUUUAUUUGUUCUUUUCAUAUCAAUUUUCAUUAUGGUAGUUUAAAAGCACAGCUUAAACAACAGUAUGAAGAAAUUAUGAUUUUUUUACAAGCUACCAUACUUGCUUUAUGUGAGGUGGUCAAUCCCCAUGACAAAGGUGCCAUAUACAAGAUUUACUCGUCCAGGCUUAUCUGCUUUCUGCAAGAUUACAGUGAUUUGAAUGCUUGCUUAGUACCCCAGUAGUACACAGCAAGUUCUUUCAAGCUCAACACAGGAGAGUCUCUGCAAGUAUAAAAUUUACAGCUGUUUUUGUAAUCUAGUCACAUUUUGUUGUUGAGGUUCAAUUUCCCUUCGAAAUAGCUUUUUGAAUAAAGACAACUCACUGAAAAUUAUGUGCAGUCAACUGCUGUCCAGCUGCCUCAAUAAUAAUUGUGUGUGUGCGUGCGUGUGUGUGUUAAGAGUGCCAUUGUUAUUCAAAGUGGCAUCUCCCAGUGGGAGGUCAAAGGUCACCAUCUGGAGUCUGGAACGCACAUACUCGCACACACUUCUUAUUCCCAGCCUCACAAAAACAGACAUUGCAUGAAAAUGAGAUUCUUCUGUCUUUGUGUGUGUGUGUGUGUGUGUGUGUGUGUGUGUGUGUGUGUGUGUGUGUGUGUGUGUGUGUGUGUGUGUGUGCUCAGGAUGAAUCAGUGUGUGCCAGGACAUCCUGUGGUGCAGGUCGAGAGUGCGUGUCAACAGAGAGAGGAGAACCAGUCUGUCGCUGUUUACAGGUGAAGUUGAACAGCACCUAUGAAGUCACGCUUGUUUGCUAAAUUGAGCAGUUUUAUAUUUGGAAAUGAUGUUUUUUGGCCUUUGAUAUCAAUUAGUUGUAAAAGUACCACAUCUGUUUCCAUCACCAAAUCUGCAUCAUAACUAGUCCUUCUAAAAAAAUAUUAAAUAAAAAAAAAAAUAGUGAGAGAGACUGAAAUGUAAGUGUACAAGGCAACAACAACACGAUAAAUACUUACUUUGACAUAUAAAUUAGUUACAUCUACACACAUCUAUCCUCACUCACUGCUGAUCCCUGUCUUCUUCUGCAGAGCUGUGGGGAGUCAGAGCACUGGGUGUGUGGCAGUAAUAGCAGGUCCUACAGGAACCACUGUGAGCUGCACAGAGAUGCAUGCAUCACACACACCAAAAUACAUGUGGAGCACAAUGGACAUUGUGUUGGUCAGUACACGCACAAAAACACACAUGCAGACACUCUUAAAUAAACUAAAUACAGGUAUACUAAGAGUAAGAGCAUUACGUGGAGUUUGACUUCAGUCUGUGUUCCUGUUUGCAGAGAAACCACCAAAGACAGAUGUGAGCCCGAGUAAGUCUGCAGCUUAUCACAGAAUUAACAAAAAUAUGAAACCGAAUCAUCAAGGUUGAAGAAGUCUUAAAAUAUCUUACUGUUCAUUUUAUUUUUUUUACACGUGUAGUUGUGUGUUUCAUGUCUGAUCGUGAUUGGCUGAGAGAGAGAGUGAUCCAGUGGAUUCAGGAGGUAGUACAGCCAGACAGCCCUGCCUCAAACAUGUCCUCAUCUGAGCUCCUUCAGACGUACUUUAAGGUUAGAAAGCCUGUCACCAGAACAGUUACUAAUAUACUCUCAUUCUGAAUAUUUUCUCUGAAAACACUAAUUAAUUUCAAUAAAUUUCCUUUCCUCGUGUGCAUCACAGAUGUAUGAUGACGGGGACUCAGAGCUAGAUUCCAAAGAGUUCUUGAGCUUCUUAAAACACAACGAGACUGCCCUCAACCUCACCUAUUCUAAUUCUGUGGAGACUAACAUGCUACUCAGGUACACACACACACACACACACACACACACACACACACACACACACACACACACACACACACACACACACACACACACACACACAGCCUUUUUUUUUCUACACAGUAGAAUAUCUCAGUACCAAUUUUUCACACAAAGCCUUAAGAACCAGAAAAGGCUGAUUUCUGAAUAAACACUGAUAAAUACCUAAAUAAAAGUCAAAGUCUUUAUAAUUCAUUGAUUCAGCAGGAUCUUAAUAAAAGUUAUUGUGUGCACAAGAGACUUCAUGUACUUGAAACUCAGUUUACUUUUGUUUUAGGUCUCUGUGUGUUGAUGCUUUGAUUGAGCUGUCAGAUGAAAAUGCAGACUGGAAGCUGAGUUUAACUGAAUUCAUCAACUGUCUGACGCCAACCUACCAUCCAUAUGAGAGAAGUAAGGACACACACACAGAAAAACAAAAAACAAUUUAGUGUAUCAGUAGUGCAGUAGUGUCUGUAUGAAUAAUGGUAAAUGCUUAAACCGGGUCCUGAUCGGAGGACAGACGCUCCUUCCUGAUUCUGACCCAGGACAUGUUCGGGACACACUUUGUUAAGGUAUUACAUCAAAACAAUACUCAUGUGUGUUUUCUACCAUGUGUGUACACAGAGUGUGCUCUGGAGGAUGAAGUGUUCGAGGAUGGAGCUGAAACUCGGAUGGAGUGCAACAAAUGUGUGUGCGCGUGUGGAAACUGGGUCUGCACUGCGCUGACCUGCACAGGUGAGGACAUGCAUGUGUAAAAGAAACAAAAGUCAAAAUAGCUUUUCGGUCUAUAAACCUACUUCAAUAUGGUGUUGUGUGCUUUUAGGAGAGCAUCAGGUAGACGAGGAUGAAGCAGAGGGAGCAGAAGAAGAAGAGAUGACGGAGGAAGAGUGGAGCAGGAGAGUGGCUGAACUCAGUGCUUUACAGGUGGAUUUUUUAACUGAUUUACCAGAGGAAAAAUAUUGUUAUUCACCAUUGUUAACUGAUAAUUACUUACCUACAAACAGUGACUAUGAUACACAAAUACAAAAAGACAUACUGGAACAGAGGAAAUCAAAUACCCAACAGAAAAGCCAUCAUUAGGAGCUUUACUCCUUCUCCAGACAUCAGAUACAAUGAUCGGUGUUUGUCAAUGUCAACAUUGCUAAAAAAAAAAAGCCAAAUUCCUUAAUUGUGAUCAAGUAUAUCCGAAGAAUAAACUCAUUUAACAUCCUGUUUAUCAUUUUCAACAGCAGACGUUCAAGACUGAGACCUGAGGCCACAUCCACUGCACCUCUACCAGGCAGUCAGGAGCUGCACACUCCAGAUAACUCGAUCAUACCUCCAGAUUUAUGAAAUCUCAAAGCAUAAACUUUUGUUUUUUACAGUAAGCUUUUUCAUUGUCAAAAUUCAUCUUUCUACCAAACUCUCAAAUUCUUUAUUUUUAUACUUGUGCAAAUUAUUUUGGUGUAUUCUUCAGAAUUUUUUUACAUUUACUAUUUUAACCUAUCUAUGAUAUUUGGAAGUUUUUGGAUGGUUCAACUCUAUUUAAAUAUCUGAAAAUGAUGUGAUCAUAAAUGAUAACAGAGUAUUUUAAAUACCAAUCACCAAUUCAUUUUUUUCAAGAUAGUUUUAAGAGGCUAAACACUCAGAUGGUAUAUUCAGGGUAAAUUAUUUCAUUGUUGAUGAGUAAUAUGUUUGUCAUUCUGUUUAUAAAGUGAAUUCUGAUAUUUUAUACACUGGUGUAGCAAAAAAAAAGUCAAAUAAACUUCAACAGGAUGGGGAAACACAAAA